AGCUUUAUAGCCAGGGUCCCCGAACUCUCACUUUCUUUUUAAUCCGUUUCAUCGGAUCACCGGCGUGCCCCACCAUGUCAGACGCGGCCGUGGACACUAGCUCCGAGAUCACCACCAAGGACUUGAAGGAGAAGAAGGAAGUUGUGGAGGAGGCAGAGAAUGGAAGAGAUGCCCCUGCUAACGGGAACGCUAAUGAGGAAAACGGGGAACAGGAGGCUGAGAACGAGGUAGACGAAGAAGAGGAAGAAAGCGGGGAGGAGAAGGAAGAGGAGGAAGAAAGCGACGGUGAAGAGGAGGAAGAAAGCGACGGUGAAGAGGAGGACGGAGAUGAAGACGAGGAGGCUGAGGCAGCUACGGGCAAGCAGGCAGCUGAGGAUGAUGAGGACGAUGAUGUGGACAUCAAGAAGCGGAAGACCGGAGAGGAUGACUAG